AUGGAGGCUGAGGCUGAGGCUGAGGCUGAAGCUUCAGUGAGUCACAAGCAGAUAACCCCCACAAAAAGUUACCGUUGUUCCCGAAUUCUUAGCAUUAUCCUUUGUGCGAAUGGUGUCGAAAAAAGAUUUAGUUCCCUCUUUUUCUCAACUUUCCACAUCGUUGGUCCUAGAUCCACGGCUCUUGUUGCUCCCUUGUGGCGGGAAAGAUGGCGCGACAGAAAAGAGAGAGAGAGCAGUGAGUUGGAAUUUCCCGUGCUGGAAUGGAUAGGACAACACCGACGGCAGUUUCGCCUUUUCAGCGCUGAAUUGGAAAUGCUUGAAGCAAUGGAAAGUUCAGUCAAUGGUGGGUUUUCCCAUUUGCAGAGCUGCGGAGACAGCAGCGAGGAGGAGUUAUCGGUGCUGCCACGCCACACCAAAGUAGUGGUAACCGGAAAUAAUCGCACAAAAUCGGUGCUUGUUGGUCUCCAAGGUGUUGUCAAGAAAGCCGUUGGCCUAGGAGGCUGGCAUUGGCUUGUUCUAACAAAUGGUAUUGAAGUGAAGUUGCAAAGGAACGCUCUAAGUGUGAUUGAAGCACCCACCGGUAAUGAGGAAGAUGAUGACCUUGAAUUUGAAAAUAUGCAGUGGAAUGGAUCUGAUAUGGCAUCCGACGACACACAGAAGUCCCACAAAUCGAGGCACAGAAUGCAUAGAACAUUGGGAUCAUCUCACAAGACUAUGAGUAGGUCCUUCUCUGGCGAUUCACACUCGAAGGGGUCCGUUUCAAUGCCUCAUGGGUCCGCGAAGGUGGACUUGAGCAAACUUGAAAUGGCUGCAUUGUGGAGAUAUUGGCGCCAUUUUAAUCUUGUGGAUGCGGUCCCAAACCCAUCGAAAGAGCAGCUUGUAGACGUUGUUCAGAGGCAUUUCAUGUCGCAGCAAAUAGACGAGUUGCAAGUGAUUAUGGGAUUUGUCCAAGCUGCCAAGAGGCUCAAGACCGUGUGCAAAUGA